AGUCUGGGAUCUCUCCACCCCAGUCACAUUGAGCCUCAGCUCGGAGCCCGGAUGCGCCGCCAUGCCGACUCUAUUAGCAAUUAUAAUCAUUUAUUCGCCUUAUUAACCUGUCUGAUACAGACCUACUUGAGUUGACUAGAGAGACACUGAGGGACUAAGAAGUCCUGAUCUUGUAAAGAGAAAGACCCCCUCGCGCAGCGCGUUGUGUUUGUGUUCAGAGAUUUGUGCGCGAGCUAUGCUAAGCUAGCGCUAGCUCGCGCGGCGCAGUGACAGUGAGGAGGCGGGGAGAGCCGAGCUGCGGGGCGAGACUGUUAUUUUGAUGGUGACUACACUGUUGACUGCACGCUGGUAGGUAGGCAGCCAUCUGGGAGAAAGUAUCACUUCCACAUCCACGACUGGGGCUUUAACCAGGAUUCAGACAACAACACACCGAGCUGUGGUGAUGAAAGGUAAAUAAAGACCUUCAGAUAAGAAAGGCAACCCUUGGGUGAAGAUUCUUGUUUUAGUCAUUUGUUCGCUGUCUAGCUACACGCACCUGCACGCUGAGGACAGCCUACAUUCACCACACUUGACCCAGGAAACUCUUCAAUGUAAAGCAAAUGUCUGUUGAUGAGAAGAUUGAAAAAGCUGGCAGUCCACAGGCCAGCUCAGCUUCACCUCUGCAGCUCUCGGAGUGUUCUGGAGGUUACAGUAGCGUGUCCGUGACCAUGGAGGAAGCUGCAGCCACCCCUGACUGUACAGCUGCUUGUCCUGUCCCAGGCACCGCUGCCUCACCAAAACACACCAGCACGGACAGCGCUGGACAGAAAACCAAAGGGAACGACAACGGCAUCAAUCGCAGGAACAGCUUCCAACAUGUUAAACAGCAGCAGCAGCAAACUAAGCUAACAAAGCGACGCUACACGGCAAGCUCUGGUUUCAAACAUCCAUCAUCUGGGAAGAGAAGACGAAGGGCCGUCUCAGAAAGUGACUCAGUCCUGCCGACAAAAUUCCUCCUGGGAGGCAACAUUUUUGACCCACUAAAUCUCAACAGCCUGAUGGAUGAGGAGGUCAACAGGGCACUUAAUGCAGAGACGCCAAAAUCCUCCCCGCUGCCUGCGAAGAGUCGAGACCCGGUUGAGAUUCUUAUCCCCAGGGACAUCACUGAUCCGCUGAACCUGAACAGCGGUAUAGCGGACAGCAUCUUGUUGGCGUCUCCCUUUAAAGGCAGUGGAAGGAAAAGGCAUCGGAACAGACAUCACGGAGGAGGGGCUGGGAGUGGGAUUUCAAACAAUCAAACGAACGCCUCAGAGUCAGAAAAGGGUGAGGUCAAAAGCAGCACCUCUGCACAGCUUCCAGGCAUGCCCGAUUCAUGUUCUGCACAAGAUGCCUCCAAAGAGCCCAACAGUUUCUCGAGUGUCCCCGGAGAUUCCCGUGAACCCACGGCUGACAACACUGCCAGCUCUGUGGAGGAGGCGGCUUCUGUGGCUGUGGAAAAUCCUGCUCUUCUGUCGGUGGGAUCAAAUCAGCCUGCAAGCAGACGCAAACGGAGGCGCAACUCAGGAAAAAUGGAGCACCCUGUCACCCACUCUACCCCCGUUAGCAAAUCAGGAUCUGGAGACGGGAGUUGUGGCACAGGUGGGCAGAAAAGCACCUUCCACACGCCAAGAAGUGGUCCCAAAGUUGUCCUGGGACCUCGCCAGCACCAGUAUCACCACAGUCACACAAAGGAACACCAGAAGAAGUUCCAGUUUGGGAACUACAACAAGUAUUAUGGGUAUCGCAACCCAGGAAAUGGCGAAGACCAGCGGAUAUUUGUGCUUCGCCAAGAGUGGUUUGAAGGUAAAGAUGUGCUGGACUUGGGGUGCAACUCGGGCCACCUGACCCUCUAUAUUGCUAAAAUGUUCCGGCCUGCACGCAUUUUGGGUCUGGAUAUUGACAGCGGUCUGAUACGUGUUGCUCGUAAGAACAUUAGACAUUAUCUGUCUGAGCUGCAGACCCAAGAGGCCAGGCAUGCAGUGCAGGAGAAAAAGACUGCUACCCAGGAGAAGAAUGAGAACGAGUGCCUGGCAGGCACAGAGAAGGAGCAUGGUGAAAAUAGGAAAGCAGCAGCAGGACAAGGUGGCCCAGCAGGGAACUCUUGUCUACCAGUUGAGACGGGGACCCAGGAGCAGGACAGUAAAACGGAUGAAAUGGAGCAAAAAGAGUGUGAUGCUCUGCCUGCUAAUACCCCUGUGAGCUGCUCUUUCCCAGUGUCUCUGCGGAUCUCCAGGGGUCCCAUCGCUGCACCCCCAAUAACAGAAACGUGCACCGCUCAGCCUGGGGAGUUCCCAUCUAAUGUGUCCUUCAUCACGGCCAACUAUGUCUUGCAGAACGAUAAUCUUCUUUUGACCCAGUGCCCAGAAUAUGAUGUGAUCCUGUGCCUCAGUGUUACCAAGUGGGUCCACCUAAACUGGGGGGACAGUGGCCUAAAGCGCUUCUUCAGGAGAGCCUACAAACAUCUCCGUCCAGGAGGCAUGUUCAUCCUGGAGCCGCAGCCCUGGGAGUCCUACGUGAGAAGGAAGAAGCUGUCGGAAAACAUCAGCAGGAAUUUCCACAGCAUCCGGCUCAAACCUGACCAGUUUUCAUCAUAUCUCACUAGUGAAGUUGGCUUCACCAGUUUUGAGCACCUCGGUUCUCCAAAGUGUUCAGUUAAAGGUUUUCAGAGGCCAAUCUAUGUUUUUCACAAAUGACCGCGUCAGCCUUGAACACAGAAGAAUGCGAGAAGCUCCAACCACCAACAUUCAUCCAGACCAGUCGGCUGCACUGGACCGGUCAUCGAUGACCAUUAACUUUUUGAUGCCGAAGGACAAGAAGAACCGGGACCAAAGAUUAAAAUCAGUUUGGACUAUAAAAAUUCUGGAUGUGACUCUGGGAUGUAUGACUGGAGACAAAAACCAUAAAUCAGAGUUUAUGCAGAUUGUAGCUGAUGCUCUCGUCAGAUUGUCAUGGUAGUGAUCCCAGACUGCUGCAUGGAAUUGUUUUGGGCGUAUGUCAUUACAUUCACAGCACUGGUGUCAGCCACAUGGCCUAACUCCCUGAGUUGACACUCUGCUGGUGAACGUUCAUAACAUCAGCUGGUAGCUGGUGCACCACUCAAUUAUACAAUUAUUAAAAGGAUCAUAUCUGAAAAUCCACGCUCAAACGAAGCCACUGGCUAAGCCGUCCUAAAACGUUGUUUCAACAUGGAGUCAGUAUUCUAGUCUAGGUGGCUACAUCUGACAGGCUGAGCAGUUUUAAAGCUACGACGUUUAACAAAAAAAGGGUUUUCUUUUAAAUUUUUCAGAUCCUGAACUGAUUUGUCACCAGAUCAAAUGAUAAAUAUGCCGUCUGACACACUGCCAAAAUGUUUCAGAGCUAUCAGAAGAGAUGCGGCGACACGGUCUGGGUCUUUGACCCGGUGGGGACUGGAAUCAGCUUGUCCGCUUUUCUUUAUUUUGUGAUUUUAUGGUUACUUUGUGCACUGAGCACCUCUCAACUCCAGAUGUUCAUUUUUGGUGAUGCGGGGCGGAAAAUCUUUAAUUUUGUAGCGGGUCUUUCAUGAGUUGUUGGCUGGCGUGGACGAUGUGUUUCUCUCUCGCUUCUGCAUAAAUAUGGAUCUUAUUUUGUUGCUGUUGAUUAAUUUGUAUUUACUUGAUGUCUUCGGUUUCAUUUGUUUUACUUGUUUUCAAAUGUUUGAUGCCAAUCUGAGAAAAGAUUUCCAGUUUUUCUGUCUUUUAAACAGAUAAUUCUGCUUUGUAUUUACAAAUGAAUGUGUACAUUCUUCUGUUUUCUCUGUGUUCUGUCCUGGUUAGCACAUUGAAUGUUAGAUUAGUGCUUAAUUUUGUUUUUUUGUUUUGUUUUUUUGAUAAAUUGUUUAAAAUGAGCGUUUGUGUCAGCGCGCUCUCAUCUCCCUUAAUUUGGACUUGUCUCAACAGCUGUGAUUGUUUUAACUACAGCACAAGAAUGAACCAGGUGGCGUCGCUGGGCAGCCACUUUAAUGCUCCAACACACCGAUCAUCCAUCUUCAGAUCCUGGAUCUGAUAAAUGUUUCAAAAUUAGGAGAUGAUUAAAACAUUUGAAUCUGGUUUUUUUUAGUUUCUGAAACUGUUUAAUUUGUUUUCAGCCAUCUAGAAAUUUCCUUCCGAUAAGAAGAAAUAAACAGAAACAAUGAAAGCACACAAUCA